AUGGCAAAUGAUUUAAAGUCCUUCCAGAAAGAAUGCAAAGAUCUGCACGUCUUUCUCUCUCAAUCCUUAUUUUCAAGCAAAUUUAAGAAUUACUUUUAUGGUGUUUUCUGUCAACUCUUUAAAGUAAAAUACAAUAGAAAAACAAGGCCAAAUAUUCAGCUCACAUAUGAAGUAUUAAUCAAUGCUACGUUUACUCUUCAGAUAAUUUCUCUAGCAUGGUACCCAAAAAUGAAAGUGCACGGCUGGAGCUCAUAUAAAACUUUCUGAAAAAUAAUAGGAUGAACAAGCUACGACAGUAUUUGUGCGAAUUUAGGAAUUAUGAAUUUCUGUUUUUUUGGGACGAUUUCACUGAUUGGGAUGUGCUUGGUAUCAUUUACUGUUUUUGGGUUUUAUAUCUACAUCAAAAAGGAUCCACCUAUUUAUAUAUCAAUUUUUCCUAAAAAAAUUGCAAUGCUGCUUACGACAGUAUGCUUAAUUCCUAGCACUAUGAUUUUACUGAUGAUAACGAAGUAUUCAAUGCUUGAUACACAAGAAAUAGAAGAAUAUGAUGGCUUGUCUUCAAGUAUCCUUGACUUUGGAACAAUAGGAAUUAUUCUUUCGAUUUUAUGCUUAUUAAUUUUGGUUCCAAUUAAUGAUAAAUUAAUAUGGAGUGGUGAACUCACUCUCUUAACUUUUGUAGCUGGCAUCCCAAAGGAUGUUUGGGAUCUCGAGGAAAGGAGGAUGGAGUUCAGGAAUGGUCAGUUUUUCUUUGUUUGGUGAAGCGCAAUGUCGAGCUGGCCAAUGACGAGCUUUACUUCAAUAUCAAGCUUUUGCCUUAGAGGGAAAUAUGCCCGGAAGUUAAAAAGGGGUCUUCCAGCUAAGCCAAUGACAUUAAUCCCAGCCAAUCAGAGCUUUCACAACGUGAAACCAGGAGUUACAUCCUUUCUACGGAUUUCCAUUUUAACUGAGAGCCAACCAGAAAAUUCAACCCUUUUGAAUUUUCAAUGGUGGGCACUCUGUUGACACACUACAGAAUGACACAACUUCCUCAACUAUAAGGGACAAGUGCAAGCCCUCGUCUGGGGAAGAGCACUUUUUGUAAGGUCGUGUACUAACUGUCAAGCAAGCAAAAGGAGUGUUAAGGGUGGAGGUCGUCCUUUAGGAAUUUCAAGCUAGCUUUUCUAUAAGUUAAGCUAAUGAUUCCAAUUAAUGUAUGCUCUGAAUAUUUUUCUUGCGAUAUUCAGCAUUCCCACUCAGAAAAAAAUCUAAAAUCAAGGUCUUUUUCUCUUUUGGACCUACAAAAGCGAAUUUUUUAUACUUUUACUUGCGUUCUAUUUGUUUCUUUUGGCGAUUCAAAUGUUAUUGUUCAUCAAGCAAUUUUGCUGUCUUACGCACUUUUUUUGAGCUAUAAAUCAGUAACAGUUUUACAAUAUUUUAAUAUUUUCGAAAACAUAAUCGAGGCUUGCAAAAUGGGGUCGAUUUCUACUAUGAUUUUGGUUUUUAUAUUUGGAGAGAUUCUAGAUGAUGCUUUAAUUAUUGUAGUAUUUACCCUGUGUCUUCAGCCCAUAGUAUUUCUAUUGAUGGCUCGGUUAGUUAGGAGAAAUUACACAAGACUGAAAGACAGCACAGACUAUCCAAGUAAUCAGUAUGAAUUUGAAAGAAAAUUCAGACACUUAUUAAUUGAUAAAGACUACGAGGAUAAGCUUUGAGUACUUGAUUUAUUCAAAGUUUAUUGAAAAGCAAAUCAAUUUCAAAAGGAUAAGCUUUUUGUGAUAUGGGAAUUUAGCUAUUGCAUUACAAUAGUUAAAAAUGAGAGAUUGGCAAGGGUAAAGCUGUCAAAAAUCGCUAAUGCAAAAUCUUCAUUUGAAGGAGAAAUACAGGAAUGAAGACUUUUUACAUGGUUAAUUAAAAGAAAAUGCAAGUCUUUUCCUGAAACAAAUUAUUUACUCCCCCAUCCUUGAUCGAACGAUGGCUCGCCAUCGUUCGAUCAAGGAUGGGGGUUAAAAAAAAUGUUUUUGGGGCAAAAAAAUUAUAUAUAAAAUAAAAAAUAUAUUUUUAUAUACUUUUAAAUAAGAGGGUUAAGAGUAUUUAAUAACUAUUUUUACAACAAAAAAUUUGAAUCAUUUUUAUAAGAAUACCAAUUUUUAAUAAUUUACUUUUUUGGUUACUUCUUUAAAUUGUAUAAAUUUUAAUUUGUUCCUUAUUGAAUUAAAAAUUUUAAUUUUAAAGAAUCUCUAUUUUUUAGAUUAUUGAGUUUUUAAGUCCAGAUUGACGACUAAAGCACUUCGGAUGGUUGAUUCUGUAGCUUUCUGUCAUCUCAAAGCCUCUGACAACAACUUCAUUAGGCACAUCUUCUCAAGUUAGCUAAUAUAUUUUUUAUAUACAUAAAAAUUUGCAUAAUAUGGAAAUCGUUCGAUCAAGGAUGGGGUUAAUUUUCCCAAUUUUUAGGAAUUUUUACAGUCAAUCGUUCGAUCAAGGAUAGGGGAGUUAGAAUUUUUAAAAGAAUACAGUAGGAUUAGAAAUCAAGAUGAAGAACUUUGUUAUACUCUUAUAGAACUUCAAAUAGAAAUUUCUCUGAAGGCUCCAAGGAUUCAUAAAAUUGUCAAUUUAGCUAAUAGGACUGCAAACUAUAUUAUUAGUCUUACCUCAAAAUGUAUAGACAAUGAUAAAAUUCAUAUACUUUUAGAAAACAACAUUUUUUAUUAUUUUUCUAUUAGCAAUGAAAUAAUUAAAUGUUAUUUGUUCUAUAUAAGAAUUCACAACUUUAAAAUAUUUUAUUAUAAAAUUUAUAUAUAAUUUACAUUUAAGAUGCAUUUCCAUAUUAAAAAUUUAUAGAAAUUUCCCAUAGAUGGCGCUGUUUGCCUUUGAUUUGCCCACUGGGGACAUUUUUGGUUCGACCAGUCCAUAUGGUUUGGUCAAACCAAAAAAUUUUUCUCAUGGGCAAAUCAAGGGCAAACAGCGCCAUCUAUGGGAAAUUUCUAUAUUUAUGAAUGAAAGGAUUUAGCGAAGACUUCAAAAGCCUUUGCGAAAAAUAUAAAAAUUUAGAAGGAUAUGAACUAUAUGGCGGUUUUCUAGAAAGUAUUAAAAAUGACCAUGAAGAAGCAAACAUAAUAACUCGGAAAAAAAAAUGGAAUAAAUUUCUAUAA